GUUGAGAGUGAGCAUGACACUCCCAAGGCUCUCUUCCUUUCCGUUGAAUUUAGCCUACUAUCAUAUCCCUUUAAAUUAAUUAAGAAUAAAGUUACAAUUAACACAGUAGUGUCGUGAACUUGUGCCGCCUGACGCUGACGCUGACGAUAGUUUCUAUUUUUUUCCCCUCAGCAUUUCGCCGAAGCACAAAGAGAGCACCGUCUGAACAGAUAAAGCAACCAGGAAGUGAUACAGCAAUUCAAUCUAUGCUACCAUGGAUAUUUAACAGAUAGCCAUGUCUGUUAUGCAACUACUGGUCAACACCCUAGGAAAUGCGACCGGGCUCAUAACUGUCCUUAUUUGUGUCAUUGCAGCGCUUUUGCAUUACUUCGACGACCCUGAUCCGGUGAAAUACACCAGCAUGGCCGAGGACAUGAAGACCCUGGAGGAAAAGUUCCGGCAGCAAAACAAAAGCUGUUUCAUCCUUGGUGCCUCUGGGGAAACGGGCAAGAUGUUGCUUCAAGAGCUGCUGGAGCGCAACAUCUUCUCCAAGAUUACUCUCAUCGGAAGGAGACAGCUCACCUUUGAGGACAAAGCAUAUGCAAACCUGGUACAAGAGGUGGUUGACUUUGAGAAGCUUGAUGAUUAUGCUGCAGCCUUCCAAGGCCAUGAUGUUGGCUACUGCUGCCUGGGAACAACCAGAGCAAAAGCAGGGACUGAAGGAUUCAUCCGCGUUGAUCAUGACUAUGUUCUAAAAUCAGCAGAGCUCGCCAAAGCAGGAGGCAGCACCCAGUUCCACCUGGAGUCCUCCAGAGGAGCUGAUAAAAACAGCAACUUCCUCUACCUCAGAGUCAAGGGACAAGUGGAAGCAGAGAUUGAGGCGGUGGGUUUCGACAGAUAUGCCAUUUACAGACCAGGGGUUUUGUUGGUAGACAGGCAGGAGAGUCGGCCUUCUGAGUGGCUCGCCAGGAAAUUCUUCAGUGCUCUUUCUGCUGUGUCUUCUACGUCCAUGGCCAUCUCGAUCCAAGCAGUGGCAAAAGCAAUGGUGGCAAACACUCUGCUUCAACCUGAGCAGAAGACGGAGAUCCUGGAGAACAAAGCCAUCGCCAGUCUGGGAAAGAGCACAGGGAUAAAGCAGGACACAAAGUGAGAGGUAAUUUCAACAGAUCUACAGAGAGGACUACAUACUGCAAACACUAUUUAUAUCAUCACGAUGUCAAAGGAUUUUCACAUUAUUUAAAAAUCGUAUUGGGUUGCAUUUAUUAGGUCUUAAAAUGAUACUGUUAUAUUUUCAUCAGGGAACUGUUGCAAGACGUUUCGAUGUGCACAUGUGUGCUCAGAGACAACCCACUAAACAACUGCCUUUUAUUAAAUGUUUGAAUUUAUUUUACACUAUAUUAAAAUAUUGGA